AUGAUCCAGUCCAUGUUCAUCAUGACCACCACCGGUGAGGUGAUCAUCGAGAAGCACUGGCGCGGCCUCACGAGCCGCAACGUGUGCGACUUCUUCAUGGAGGAGGUCAACAAGUACCGCGAGCGCGAGGACGUGCCGCCCAUCAUCACCACCAGCAAGUACUACCUGGUCAGCGUCUUCCGCGACGAUCUGUUCGUGCUCGCAGUCGUCACCAACGAGAUCUCCCCGCUGUUCGUGAUCGAGUUUCUGCACCGAGUGCUCGCGGUCUUCCGCGACUACUUCGGCAACUUCGACGAGAACUCGAUGAAGGACAACUUCUCCACAGUCUACCAGCUGCUGGAGGAGAUGCUGGACAAUGGGUACCCGCUGACUACCGAGCCCAACGCGCUCAAGGCAAUGGUGGCCCCGCCCUCUACGGCGAACCGCAUCGCCGCGAUGGUGUCGGGCAAGUCCCGAGUGAGCAACACGCUGCCCGACGGCGCCAUCUCCAACAUCCCGUGGCGCAAGAGCGGCGUGCGCUACACGCAGAACGAGAUCUACUUCGACAUUGUGGAGGAGAUCGACGCCAUCAUCGACGUGUCCGGGCGCAUGAUCUCGUGCGAGGUGAACGGCGUCAUCCACAGCAACAGUCGCCUGUCGGGCGUGCCGGAUCUUACCAUGGUGUUCACGGACCCUUCGGUGAUCGACGACUGCUCGUUCCACCCGUGUGUGCGGUACUCGCGAUACGAGCGUGAGCGCGUGAUCUCGUUCGUGCCGCCUGAUGGACAGUUCGAGCUCAUGCAGUACCGCGUGCAGGUGCAAGAGCUCGUGCCACCCGUGUACUGCCAGCCUCAGAUCACGUACAACGAGAAGGGCGGAGGCACUCUAGACCUGGUCAUCGGCACGCGCGGCAUGCCCACGCUGAACUCGAAUGCCAAGAAGAACCUUCAGGUGGAAGACGUGACCGUGGAGGUGACGUUCCCCAAGAGCGUCCGCACAGUGGACGUGAACACAGAGCACGGCACUUGCCUGUUCGACGAGGCGACCAAGACAGUCAAGUGGAACGUGGGCAAGCUCGGCAAAAAGGUGCUGAACCCGUCGCUGCGUGGCAACAUCAUCCUCCACCAGAGCGCUGCCGUGCCGGACGAGAAGCCCGUUGUGCUGCUCGGUUUCAAGGUGCCCAUGUCGACCGUCUCCGGGCUGAACGUUGAAACGCUGCUGAUCACCAACGAAAAGUACAAGCCCUACAAGGGCGUGCGAACGAUGACCAAGGCUGGCCGCUUCCAGAUCCGGACGUAA